AUGCAGACCUACGCCGACGCCAUCGUCCAGUCCCUGUCCUCCGUUGGAUGUGACAAAGCUUUCGGUAUCUCCGGGGGCAACAUAUAUCACAUCUGGAAAGCCCUACAUCACUCAGACAUCGCAGUCUACCACUGUCGCCAUCAAUCCGGCGCUGCGUUUGCCGCAGCAGAGUAUUCUAUACAGACUGGCAAGGUGGCUGCUGUUUUCGUAACGAGUGGCCCAGGAAUCACCAAUGCCAUCACUGGACUCCGCUGUGCUCGUGCAGAUGGAGCCCGAAUCAUCUUUAUUGCGGGCUUGACGGGCGAGGAGAUUGAUCGAACUGGUCGUCGAGUUGUCCAGGAGACUACUCCAAAAGAUGUGGAGGCGCUGACUGGACCAACUGUGGAUAGUGCACUCAGCUGCUAUGAGAUCAUCAGGGGUGAGCUGAAUGUAGGGCGACUACAACAAACCUUAACGCGGAUUCAGCGUGAUCCACUUGGGGGGGUAUUAGGUGUUUUCUUGACUGCCGCCAGAAGCAAAUCACUCAUAUCACCUCUGCAAAGUCCGAGACUCGAACUUCACGAACAAAUCCCAGUCCCCUCUUUAUCCGCAGAAACGCUUGCUGUCUGCCGGGAAGUUGCUGGGAAACUUAAAAUCAUGGGCUUUGUUCUCUGGAUCGGUUACGGCUGCCGUAGUGCCUCCCUUCUUGUCAAACAGCUUGCGGAACGAUACGACCUCCCUGUUCUUGCUACACCUCGCGCGAAGGGUAUAUUCCCGGAGAAUCAUCUCUUGUAUUUCGGCACAACUGGUUUGGGAGCAUCAUUUCGCCCCACGAUAAUAGCUGACCCGCCUAAAGGGGUACUUCUUCUUGGAUCUAAGGCAGCUGAGCUGAGCUCUAUGUUUAUUCAGGAGGAAUGGGUCAAUACCGACUUUUACUGUGUUGACUUGGAAACUUCAGAGGUCAAACGAAAUAUGCCCAAGCGUUCGACUUUUAUUGAAGCUGAGAUCAGCCUCUUUCUUAGAGCCGUGCUGGAGGUUGAGAGGCCUGGGGACAGGAUUGCGUAUCCAUUCAUACCAGAUGCUAUUAUCCAACCGGUUCUAGCUGCAUCAGAAGGACAGAUUCACCCAGUGACAGUCAUGUCGGUUGUUCAAGAUGUUGCCAUCAAUCGAAAUGGAUGCUUGAUUAUCGCCGAUGCCGGAAACAGUUUCUGCUGGACAGCCCAUUACCUGAAAUUCCCCAAACCUGGGCUCUAUCGAUCAAACCUGGAUUCCUAUCCCGUGGGCCAUGCUGUCUGCGGCGUUGUCGGCAUGGGCCUUACGGACAAACACGCAGUGGCCAUUGUUGGUGACGGAGCAAUGUUGAUGCAGUCAGAGGUGAGCACCGCUGUUAAAUAUAGAUCGAAAGCCAUCUGGCUAGUCAUGAAUGACAGCCGGUAUGGCAGUUAUUUUGCGUUAUUGGCACGAGCUGUUGGAUGUGAGGGAUGUACAGUCGCAAAGGGGGAGGAGCUGCGAGAAGCACUUCAGGAAGCGAUGGUGAGAAAUGGACCUACUGUUAUCAAUGUUAUCAUCGAUCCUUCAGCUGUGGCACCGCCCGAAGCUCGAGGACCAUCGCUCACCAGUGAGAACGCCACAUGUUCAAAAUAG